AUUACUACGUCGUAGUAUAUAUGUAUGUGUAUGUUAUUGUAUUCCUUCUAGAUCAGUCGUGUAAGUUCUAAGAAUAAGUUGUUGUUGUUGUUGUUGUACCAUGCCGCUCACUGUUCUCUAACUCUCUCUCUCAAUCUCAUCGCUCUCAUACUCUCUCAGUGAAUCGGGGGUUGAUGCGGAUCGUGAGCUGAGAGCGAGAGCAGUUGAACGCCGACCGUGAUCCUGAACAGACCAAAUUAAAUUAAAUAAAAGAAAAGACUAGAAGUCAUAUUUGUGUUGGUGUUUAACUUCAGGGGAAUACGUUUUACCCCUACAAAAUCAGAAGUGGGCCGAUCACGAGCCAAUUAAUUACAAAAAGUAAAUAAAAUGGAAUUAAAUAACGCUUCGAUCGAACAAUUAAAAAGGUGGUUGAGUGUGUUGAAGCUAUCAACAACUGGAACGAAAAAGGAAUUGAUCUUACGGUUAAAUAAAGUACCAAAGGAAGUUCGUGGAAAAGUUGAUGAAAUGGCGAAACAAAAAGGAGAUGAAGACGGCGAUAAAAGUAAGGGUAUUGACAGCAGCGACGAAAAUUUCGAAGACGGCGGCGGAAUUUUCCAGAAAGAAGGCGGCGGCAGAAGUAAUGGCAAAGACGGAGACAAAAGUAAUGGCAAAGACGGCGGCAUUCACAGCUACGACGAAGAAGACGGCGAAAAAAGUAAAGGCGAAGACGGCGGCAUUGGGAAUUACAGCGAAGAAGACGGCGAAACUAACGGCGAAGAUGAUGAAGCGAGUGACGAAGUGGCUGGCAGCAUUCUCAGAAUUAGAGGCAAACGGAGCAACGGAAAAGGCAGCGAACAAAACGAAGACGGUGGAAGGAACGACAAUUACGCAGAAGGCGACAUGCACAACCAGGCUGGAGACCAGUCUAGAAACGCAAGAAGCAGCGAACGUAAAGCGGUGGUGGAAAAUUUUACCGAGAGCAUCGACGUCUCGUUGGGCAUGGCAACACAGGUGUUGAGUGAGUUUUCUGGCGAGUCGUGUGCCCGCAAAUGGACGACUCAAUUGCAAAAUAUCGCGACCAUUUACGGAAUAAAAGGAAAAUUUGUAAAGAUGCUAAUGUUGAGCAAAAUAAAGGGAAAAGCUUAUGAGUGGCUGCACGCAGAUGCAGACCGCGUGUUGCUACCGUUGGAUGACCUAAUGGCAGAGCUGAUCUCAACGUUUAGGGGUAAAUCAUCGAAGUUGGAGAUACGACGCAAAUUCGAAGGGCGCAAAUGGAAAAAUAGCGAAAGUUUCGGGAGUUAUGUCGACGAUAAGAUAAUGCUUGCUCAGGGCAUAAAUAUUGAUGCAGAUGAAAUGUUGAGCUGCAUCAUCGAAGGUAUACCCAAUCAAGGGCUACGCAACCAGGCGCAUAUUCAAUGCUUUGUGGAUGUUGGGCACAUAAAGAGGGCGUUUGCGGAUGUAAGCUUGCCAAAGCUAUAUGGAGUUGGCAGGCCGACGACAUCAACGGAUCCCAAGGACAGCAAGGAGACUCGUUGUUUCAAUUGCAAUGCCAAAGGGCAUUGGGCGUAUGAGUGCAGGAAGUCGAAACGGGAGAAAGGAUCAUGCUAUGCGUGCGGAGAGAUGGGACACUUUGUUGCGAGAUGCUUGAAAAACAAAAACAAGAACGAGGGCGAAAACAAAUAUAAUGCCUCAUAGAUACAGGAAGCCCAAUUUCAUUUAUUAAAAUAUCCAAAGAGCCAGAAGACAUUUCAAAAUUACCAGUUUUAAGUUCAUAUUAUG